AGCGUAGCUGUGGGCGGAUCUGUGGUAGCCAGUAGCUGGCUACGAGAUCUCCGUCGGCGACGUUAGCCAGACGGGCUAGCGAUGACGGAUAGGAUUACUCCUGCCGGGGUCUGGAUUGUGAGCCACCAGACAUGAUUUUAUGGAGACCACCCUACAAGGCCUGAGCUGAUUUGUCAGCCUUGUGUAGGUUUGGUUUUCACCCCCCAAGUGUCCUCUGGAUAUCAGCUGACCAUGGUGGUCUGAACAGAGGAAAGCCUGGCACAGUGUGUGUUCACUCUAACACGGCAAGGCUCGACCGAGAGAGGAGCAGGAGAGGAGACGGACAGGAGCAAAGAGAAAAAGCAUAUUUAAACACAACAUGUCUCAAAACAGAGAACUGGUGGUUUUCUACAUAAACUAUAAACUCACCCAGAGAAACUAUCCUCUCAACCACAUGGGACUCAUAGAGCCUCCAAACAGGACUGAUGGGGGGGAGGCAGGGUUAGGUGAGGAGCAGCGGGUAGCGACACACGCCAACGGGACUUUUAACGGCAUGAGUCCCGGGACCCCGCCAGCAUCCCCGCUGCGGCAGCAACAGUUGCCAUCAACGACGAGCCUGGACGCGGUGAAAGAGGCCCUCCGGGACUCAGCCAACGAGUUUGAGCUGCGAUACGCCCGCGCCUUCAGCGAUCUGCACCACCAACUGCACAUCACGCCGGCAACAGCCUACCAAAGCUUCGAGAACGUGAUGGAUGAGGUGUUCCGGGACGGAGUCAACUGGGGCCGCAUCGUAGGGCUUUUCGCUUUCGGCGGGGCGCUGUGCGUGGAGUGCGUCGAGAAGGAGAUGAGUCCGUUGGUGGGCAGGAUCAUAGAGUGGAUGACGGUCUAUCUGGACAACCACAUUCAGCCCUGGAUCCAGAGCCAAGGAGGAUGGGAGCGCUUCGCCGAAAUCUUCGGGCAGGACGCGGCGGCAGAGAGCAGGAGGUCUCAGGAGAGUUUCAAAAAGUGGCUGCUGGCGGGGAUGACCCUGGUGACCGGAGUCGUGGUGGGCUCACUCAUCGCCCAGAAACGCCUGUGAAGGGAGAACCGCAACAACCCUUCCUAACGCUCAUGAUCCUCUCCACCUGCCUCCGUCACUACCCUCAACCUACACACCACGGAAGUUAAAAUGAAGGUCCCGUUUGUGUCGUCAGAACUGCUGAUGAUGUUUACUAUUCCCCCUCCCCCUCACACAUCCCACAGUGGACUAAGAAUCCUCACAUGUUGUUGAACUGAGAAAAAGACAGAAAAGAGGAUGAGUUACUAGUAUUCAUGUGUUCACCUUAUUCCACCUUGAUGAAAAAUGUGCGGUUAUACAGAGACAGACAUGUUAUGCUUUCAUUCACUGAAGCGAUUGUUCCUGCUAUUCCUUCCUCCACUGGUUAUUACUUUAUGUUUGUACACAUUAGUUUUAACAAAUUUUGUUUUCCCAUGUUUGUCCUCAAAAGAGGCUAAAACUGACUCCAGUCCUCACAGUUAACCCAAACCUGUGUGAUAUUAAGAGUCAGUUUGUUGUGGGGCCUGGGCUGCUCUACACGUCUCUGUCUUGAAGCUUGUUUUGUUGCCCAUCCUCACAGACGCCUCUACGAUAGGUUUGUGUGUGCCAUAUGGAGAGUGAAAGCAGGGGAGGAUGUAGCACCUGCCCCUGAACAACUUCUGUAGUUCCCAUUUCCUGCCAGCCAUCCUGAUCACCUGCACAUAACAGUAUAACAUCACAUAACAUGUGUGACUUCACACACCGAUUGUUUUGUUUCGCCCUGUUCUUCAUGCUUAUUGGUUUUGUAUAAAUGAUGAAUAAGAAAGAGUCAAUCUGAUUUUAGUUAACAAAACAUGGGAGUCUUAAAGUUAAAACCUAAUAGGAAACUAUCUCCUCUGCUUGUUUGUGUUUGUUGGUGCGUUUUGGUUUUUGGAUUUGUGAACCAUUAAAACCCCACUGCUCUCGCCGAUCUGUGCUUCAUGGUCAUACUUGGCCUUGAUUGGAUCCUAUUUGUGUUUAGUCAGCCUGCCGAGUGCCAGACCACUGUGUGUGGCAAGUUCUCAGAAUCAGUGCAACUGCAGUUCAUACGAGCAGGGCGCCAUGGCUCACACCCUCCAUGUUUACUACACAGUAGCUGAGGAAUGCAGCAAAUACUGUAGCAAGACAAAUAACAGAUAGAGCGGCACUGCUCACAGCGACACUCAGACAGCAUGACAGACUCUUAAAGGUCAGAUAUUUGGGUGUAACGUUUUUAUUUUGGUAACACUUUAUUUUAACCCCCCUAUUUAGCAUUUAUAAGCAGUAUAUAAACAUUUAAUAAAUGGCUUAUAAAACACUAUAAUAGUUUUUAUUAAUGCAUUUGUCAACAAUUAUAACUUAUGAUGCAUCCAUAACUGGUGUGUAAACAGUUAAUGAAUGAUGGAUAAGAUAACAGUUGUAUUAAUCACAUGGAUGUAGAUUUUGGGGGGUUGCAGGGGACAAGUCCCCAUCUAUACCCCCUAACCACCACCAUAUAAGAACAUAAAGGUCACAGAGGACUUCUGUUGAAAAUGAAAGACAUAUACACCAUAAAUUGAUGCAGAAAGGGCAAAAACUGGUGCACUGAAUUCACCAGAAUGCAGCAAAUGAUGCUUUUUGUUUGUUUCCCCCCAAUGUUGAAAUGAAAUCUUUGACCUUGAUUGAUCAUAUUUAAUGAACUAUUAUUACACACAUAAACCACUCAGUAUGAUUUAUUUAUAUUUAUCAACUGUUUAUACACUUGAACCGAUCAUUUACAGGCAGGUUUAAUGAAGACACAUUGAGCUUGAAAUUUCAUUCUUGACUUCACAAAUAGUAAAUUCUUUAGUUCCAUGAACUUAAGGGUUUUAGUUGAUUAAUAUAAUAAAGAAAUAUGCCUUAUUUCAUGUUUAUUUGAAAUAUAACAACUACAACACAGCUGAUAUUAAUAUGGAUAUUUGAAGUUUGUAAAAUAAGAUAAUUAUAUUGGCUGAUAGCUAUAACAAACAAAAUUUUGAUUUGGAUAUGGAUUUUUCAUUUAAUUCUUUCAUGUGAACAAGAUACAUAGUGGGACAUUUUACAGGGUAAAUAUCAGCUUGUCAGCGCUCUCUGGUGGACAAACUGAAAUGGUAACAAACCUACUUUGGCAUUUCUGUUCUGCAAUUUGUUGUUACGUGUCAGCCGAUAUACACUGAUAGAGCUAUAUCUUCGAUAAGCUAAUAUCAGCCAAUAUAUCGUCUUGGCCAUUUAAUUCACAAGAAAUAUUGUCAUUCAGUCAUUAUCUGUUCAUAGUCCAAUUAUAGAUGCCAAGUUAUAAUGUUUGAAAAAAUACAUUAACAAACACUUGAAAUAUCCUUACAUCAGUUUACAACAUUACAGUGUGUUAUAAACAAUGUAUUGUUUAUAGAGCUGCGAACAAUUAGCCAAUUGAUCAAUAAGUCACCGGCAACAGUUUUGCUAACUGAUUAAUAAUUAUUAAGCAGAAAUGACAAAUACACUGGAUUCAGCUCCUUGAAUGUGAGGAUUUGCUGCUUUUCUCUCAUUUCAUCUUAUAUUGUUGUAAAUAAAUAUCUUUGGGUUUUGGUCUGAUAAAACAAGACAUGUGAGGACUUCAUCUCGGGCACUGGGACAUUGUGACAGACAUGUUUCACUAUGUCUGUGGAGCCUGUAAAGUCCUGAAAUUAAUUGACAUGACAGUAACCCCUUAGUCACAGCCAUAGUUGUCUAUACUGCUCAGUAGGGUUAAAAUAAAGUGUUUGAGUGAUUUCUGUGCUAAUUUUGCAAUAAAAUCCAAAUCAUGUGCUGCUGUGCUCAGACAGGAGACUAUAUUUCCUCUGUGCUAAUUCAAUAACCAUUCCUUAGUUUUGAACCAUUAAUCAAAUCUUACAUUUAUCAAUGACACAGUUAUGCUUCAUGUUAUCACCACAGUGAACAUCAUAGCCUUUUGAAGAUUUAUGUAGCAAACUGGCGAGGCAGCUGUCUUCGUGGAGACAAAGCAGUUCUGCAUCAGAUGUUAUUUGAGUUAACUUUGAUUAGAAAUGUGUCAAAAUGUGUCUGUUUACCAUCAGCAACUGUCAGUGGCUGUAGGACCGUAAAAGUAGACACUGGAACCUUCACAUCUCAUCUCACACACAUUCACUCCAAGUUAUCCAUGCAUUGCUUUCACAGUGCACCCCCACCCAAACUUCUCCUCCUCCAUCCUCCCCAGACGCCUCAAAUCUGUCAAAUCUCCAUCCGUCUCUCCUCCUCUUCCCCUCUCCAUCCAGCUCCACCUCUUCCUCUGCGAUCCCCCAGGCUGUCACUGCGCCUAGUCACGUGUGUCAGUCACAGCUGGCCCACCUGCUGCUCCGCACAUACACAACUCGGUACGCACACCCGAAUGUAACGUACACACCUGCCAGUCACAUGGAGUCCAUGAGAGAUGGAGAGAAGGAGACCUUGUCUUUGUUUCGGAGAAUCCUUCCAUCUUUAAUUUAAAGCUGAAGUCGGAGGAGUGUUUGUCGCCUGGCGUUUCACGCACCAACAACUGGCAGCUCGAUUAAUUUACUGGGAAGGGAGGGAAGGUGGGGGGUAUUCCUUCCUGUUCCCAGUAUCACCCCCCCCCCCAGUGCUUUAAUCUUGAUCUUAUUCCAAAUACUGUCUCCAGCGAGCAACAAUAUGUCCUUGGUUCUUUUCAUGUGUUCUAGCAGCUCAAUAAAGCACAAUACAUGACAGGUCAGGUGUCACUUUCUCAUCACAGAAGGGGUCGGCACUAGAUUCAGCCGUGUGCAGCCACAGAGCGUAAACAUUAAAGAAGGGGACUGUAAAAAAAAAAAAAUCUGGAUUCAUACAUGAAACAUCCAUCACUGUAUUGUCAGUGCAAGUUGUGCCUCCAUCUUUAAAGCAGGACUCGUCUCUUUUCACCAGUUGACUUUUGCUCCUUUUCACGCUCAUACAGCAUCAUGUACAUCUGCAAACAAUUAAAGUACACACACAGAUUUCUCUUUCUAAACUGAUUGUUAUCCUUGAAACAAAUAUUUCAGCCAAUAAAAACAAACCUACAUUGACUAUUGAUGAGUAUCAUCCUCUAAAUGCUUGUGUCCUGAGCAUCUUAUUAGCCAAGGUCUGCUCUCAUACAUUCCAGUACAGUAUAUAUAUAUUUUUCUAGUGUAUGCCCCACCAAGAAGCUGCUCGCAGGCUUUUAUCUGCCGUCCUGGCCCUCACUGAAACAAGUCCCCUUCCUACACAUAUGUGAGUGUGUAUGUGUGUGUGAGAGUGUACAUGUAUGUAUGGACCCCACAAUUGGGCAAAAAAGUUGUGGUCCCCUCAAGGGAGGAAAAUGAGUAUGUGUGUGUGCAUGAAUUUCUGAGUGGCAAAAAUGUUCUUGAAGGAGGCACAAAUGAAGGAAGUGUGACAGCAUUGGCACGACCCUAUAUAUAUAUAUAUGCUAGUUAUUUAAACGGAUUAGAAUAGUGCAUUAGCGUAGUAACAUAUUUAAGAAAAUCGGAACUGAUGGCUUUUAAACAUUAUUUAUAUUUGGUGUAAAAAGCAUAAUUGUGCCCCUUCAAAUGGCCUUAAACUCCAUCUUUGCAUUGAUGUGCAUUGUCAUUUGCUGUGUUUUUUUGUUUUUCAUUUUUUUGGAUUAUUGGACUGCCACUAAAUGCAAACGAAGUAAAAGGAUAUUUUC